CAGUCCAUGGGGCGGGUUCUGGUCCCACGUGCACAGACCCCGCGGCCGGAAGCUCCAGGGAUGACCAGCCCCUCCCCGCGCAUCCAGAUCAUCUCCACCGACUCCGCAGUUGCCUCACCCCAGCGCAUCCAGAUUGUGACAGACCAGCAGACGGGACAGAAGAUCCAGAUUGUCACCGCAGUGGACGCCUCGGGCUCCUCCAAGCAGCAGUUCCUCCUGACCAGCCCCGAUGGCGCUGGCCCUGGGAAGGUGAUCCUGGCUUCCCCGGAGACGCCCAGCGCCAAGCAGCUCAUCUUCACCACCUCGGACAGCCUGGUGCCGGGCAGGAUCCAGAUCGUCACGGAUUCGGCGUCUGUGGAGCGGCUGCUGGGGAAGGCCGAGCUCCAGCGGCCGCAGGUGGUGGAGUACUGUGUGGUCUGCGGCGACAAAGCCUCGGGCCGGCACUAUGGGGCCGUCAGCUGCGAAGGCUGCAAGGGCUUCUUCAAAAGGAGCGUGAGGAAGAACCUGACCUACAGCUGCCGCAGCAGCCAGGACUGCGUGAUCAACAAGCACCACCGCAACCGCUGCCAGUUCUGCCGGCUGAAGAAGUGCCUGGAGAUGGGCAUGAAGAUGGAGUCUGUGCAGAGUGAGCGGAAGCCCUUUGACGUACAGCGGGAAAAGCCGAGCAACUGCGCUGCUUCCACAGAGAAGAUCUACAUCCGGAAGGACCUGCGGAGCCCCCUGAUAGCCACGCCCACAUUCGUGGCCGACAAGGACGGCACAAGACAGCCAGGCCUCCUGGACCCGGGGAUGCUCGUGAACAUCCAGCAGCCCCUGAUCCGCGAGGAUGGCACGGUGCUCCUGGCCACAGACUCCAAGGCGGAGACAAGCCAGGGAGCCCUGGGCACGCUGGCAAAUGUUGUAACCUCCCUGGCUAACCUGAGUGAAUCCUUGAACAACGGUGACACCUCGGACAUCCAGCCGGAGGACCAGUCUGCCAGCGAGAUCACCAGGGCAUUUGACACUUUAGCCAAAGCACUUAACACUGCGGACGGUGCCUCACCCCCUGGCCUGGCAGACGGGCUGGAUGCCAGCGGAGGAGGUGGCAUCCACGUCAUCAGCAGGGACCAGUCGACACCCAUCAUCGAGGUUGAGGGCCCGCUGCUCUCAGACACACACGUCACAUUCAAGCUGACGAUGCCCAGCCCCAUGCCCGAGUACCUCAACGUGCACUACAUCUGCGAGUCCGCGUCACGCCUGCUCUUCCUGUCCAUGCACUGGGCGCGCUCCAUCCCCGCCUUCCAGGCACUGGGGCAGGACUGCAACACCAGCCUGGUUCGCGCCUGCUGGAACGAGCUCUUCACCCUCGGCCUGGCGCAGUGUGCACAGGUCAUGAGCCUGUCCACCAUCCUGGCCGCCAUCGUCAACCACCUGCAGAACAGCAUCCAGGAAGACAAACUGUCGGGCGAGCGCGUGAAGCAGGUCAUGGAGCACAUCUGGAAGCUGCAGGAGUUCUGCAACAGCAUGGCGCGGCUGGAGAUAGACGGCUACGAGUACGCAUACCUUAAAGCUAUAGUUCUCUUUAGCCCCGACCACCCAGGUCUGACGGGCACAAGCCAGAUUGAGAAGUUCCAGGAGAAGGCCCAGAUGGAGCUGCAGGACUAUGUGCAGAAGACCUACUCCGAGGACACCUACCGAUUGGCCCGGAUCCUUGUCCGCCUGCCUGCGCUCAGGCUGAUGAGCUCCAACAUCACGGAAGAACUCUUUUUUACCGGCCUCAUUGGCAACGUUUCAAUAGACAGCAUAAUCCCCUACAUCCUCAAAAUGGAGACAGCGGAGUACAACGGCCAGAUCACCGGGGCCAGCCUAUAGGCACGGCGCCCUGCCGGCGGGGGCUCCAGGCCCCUCGGACCCCAGAAGACAGUGGCGGACGGAGUCCGGUAUGUGCAGAUGUUUCCAUGUCAGCUACUCCCCACCUGGUUUCCUCUUACUGUAACCCCAGGCAGUCUCGACUAAAGACUAGGAUCUUUUCCUGCCGUGAGAAACGUUUCCAUGCCUUUUGACGAAGCAGCCGACUUUGGAACAAUCUUUUAACUCAAAUUUGUAUUAUUGAUUUCUCAAAGGGCAAAAAACAAAAAUGAAGUUUUAUAACGUCAGAGACUAGUAUUGAAACUAAAAGAACCUAAGAGAACAGUAUGCGUGUAAAUAUAUUAAAAAUGUCCUUGGAAUUAAUAGCUACUAAUUACCAGGGUAACAACAUUAGCACUUUCUAAGCACUUCUUACCAGAAUCUGUGACGUCAGCACCAUCUUGCCGUGGGCAGGGCAAAUGGAAAACUGUCUUUUACUGAGAUGCUCAUGAUCCCUGCGGAAACGCACUGGGCCACAGGAGACAAUCAAGCAUUUAAGGAAGGAAAGAUCGUUCCUGUCCGUGUGCACACUGGUGUCAGAGUGCGUCACGCCGUCCAUGGGAGCACGGUGGCCCAGUGGCAGGGAGCUAGACCAAAAGCCACCAGCCACGGGCUGAGGCUUGUCACAGACCUGGCCUGUGACCGUCCGCAGACUGCUGGGACCUGGCUUCUGUGCUGAGCGACAAGAUUAGAGUGCAGCCCAGCAGACCGUCACCCAGUUCCACUGGCACUGGAAACGUCGUCACCACGGCUCGCAGCAGCACAGCUCCCGACCCAGGGCCUGUGUGUCUCUGAGGCAUUGGACCCGCGCAGCCGGACAGGGCUGUGCCGCACUCUUGUCAACCUGUGUCGGCGCUGGCAGGAACGGGAGCAUCAGGAUGGUUCUUUGCUGUUGGUUAAACAUCCGGGACUCUCCCAGAGCCCCACACUGGUCUUCUCUCCUGUGAGCCUUUUGGGGCCUUCGCUCAGUGGACACAGCAGCGGCCCUCGAUCCCAAUGCCACAUUUUCUCUCCGCAAAAAUGACAGUGACGAUGGUUUGCAGUGAGAACAGACUCCUGGCUGGGACUGCGCCAGGCGCCCUGGGCUUCCGUCUGGGCUGGAGUAAGAAAGCCCUUCCUGCAGGGUGAGGUUUGCAUCUGUGGGACUGAGUCGGAUCUGGCUUUGCAAAGUGCCCGGCUGAGUGGGUGCCGGCUGCAGGCACCACAGAGGGUCCCAAGCAUUGCCAGCUGCCGCUGCUCACGCUCGUGGAAACUGAGUGUGCACAGCAUCUCUGGCUCCCAAAUUGCCGUUUGGAUCUCGGGGUGUCAUCGUAGGUGGCACCCGGGGGGCAGGUGUUGGGGACGUCAGGUGGCCAGUAUGAAAUGAUGAUAGGUAAUUUUGCCAGCUUGAAGUAUGAUUUAGUUUUCUAACCCAAGUGUUUUAAAUUUUAAAACUAAAGACUGCCCAGGACCGAGGGGUUCGGUGGGUCCCCUUCCUCUGCCUGUGAAGAGUCUAGUUGGGAUGUCGCCAAGGGCAGUGUGUCUUCGCCACAGCUCCCAGCUCUCCCAUCCAGCUCCUCAGGGUCUGGCGUGAGCACCCUUGAGGGACAAGGGAGAAGGGCCGUGCAGAGCUCAGGGACACAACAUCGGAGAAGAGUGGUUUUACGUGGGAAGCUGCUGACUCUGACCAGUGCUGGCCAAUUCCAGUGGCCACAGGACAUCCCAGAUCCCCAGCCUUGCUCUGCAGUGGCCUUGCCUUUGAGGGUCACAUCGCACGCCCACAGUCUCGCUGCCUGAGGUCAUUUCCAGCCUUCAACUGUGCAUCUUGUCAGAUGGCUUCAAGUGCCCACCCAGGCUGGGGAUAGCAAGGUCUCUGCCAAGGCUGCAGUCCUCACCUGGAGUGCGCACUACGCCCUGGGCCGAGGUGGGACCAGCCCUCAGUCGGGACACAGCUCGGCAGUAACUUCUCGGCCACAAGUCUCUCCGGAAGCACUUCAGACAGUGCUGCGUUAGGAGAGCCAUGUGGUCCGUGUGUGGUGGUCAUUACCACAGGUGUGAACGGACAGCAGACUGGUAAAGACCAAACUCCUUCAGCAGUGAUUCUCAAGUUCCUCCUGGAAGGUGUCUAGACGUACAUCAGUCCUUCCAGUGUGCCACAAGUGUGUGCGUAGAGGGAAGCUGCAUGCACUGUCCAACCUCUGCUGUGGCCUGCGGCACGGGAUCUUUGGUUGUUCUGGUUUUAUUUAACUGCAGGGUAGUCGCGCUCUGCCCUCACAGGCUAGCAUCUGGCUUGUCACUGUAUCAGAGGCAGCUCUGUUCAGAGGUGGCCCCGCAUCCACACAGUGUGGACCCUAGCAGGGGGCCAGUGAUCACAGGCUCCAAGCUGGUGAGCACAACCCUCAGGAGCAUCCCAGAGAGUAGGGUCUGCUGUCCCGAGAGUCCCAAAGCUCACUGUCUGUCUUGUGGUGUGAACAUGUGAUGUGUAGUGGGGUGGCAGGUGGCAGUGGUGCUCCCAUGGCCAGGCACGAAGGCUACCAUCUGACACCCCUUCUGCCCACCUAUCCCACUCAGCCUGUAGAUUCAGAACCAGCCCCCAACCAGGUCUCCUGAGUGUACAUGUGUGUACACCUGUGUAUGGCAUACAUAGCAUGCAUCCAUGUACGUAGGUAUAAAUCAUGUGUAGAGUCCCAGCCACCACCCAGCCUCCACAGCGACAGCUAGGAGAGCUGCUGAGGCCCCAUUCCAGGGGACUGUGAAAAGGGCCAGGGUCCAGGAGGAGCUCAGAAGGGAGGAGUCCAGCCCAGGGCAUUGGUCUGUGCCCUCUAGGUCCCAGGGCCAGGGCGGGGUACAGUAUGGCCCAACCGCCAGGACUGGGUGGUGGCUUUUUCUGCACCAGUGCCUGGCCCGACUAAAGGAUCUUGGUUGACAGCCAGCAGCCUCCCCAGGCACUGGAGCCAUUUGCCAGCUUAGGGCUGGACACGGCCAGUCUGCAGAGCCACUUGGAGGUGACAGCGUCAGUGAUGUCUGUGCUGGCCCCAGCCAGGCAAACCCACCUCCCGGCGCAGUGCCUGCUGGUGUUAACCAGGCAUCACUGCUGCCAGCUCACUACGGUGGCCCUGGGUCCACACACCUUAAAUCACUUUCCCAACUGUAAGCAUGCCGAUGGAGCCCGCUGGCUUUAUUCCUUUCUGUAAGUUAGGGUUUGCACUCUUGGGGUAAAAACUCCCGCUUCAGUAUGGAUGUGUUUGCCCUGAAAACUACAGAUGCCAAUUUUCUUUGCCAGAUCUUCUGUGCUCUCUCCCUGUAGCCAUCUUUCCACGAAACACAGGCCUGAGGGCAGACAGCACAGGAGCUCCCGGGGCCUCGGGGCCGAGCUAAGCUGGCCCGGUGUUAGCAACACUGCACGCAGCCGCAGCACUCAGUGCCUUUCGUGAGACGUGGGUCGCUGAACCUUGUGCAUCCCUGUUCUGACGUCAUGAGAGUUUCCGUGGAGUCCCACCCCUGGCCUGUUGUGACAAUCACACUAAAUAAACUGGCUUUCCAGUCAAUAAGGGGACCGACUGUCUCUAAAUGACUUUAAAGUAUCUUCGUGGGGCUGUUACAUUAGCAACCUAAUAACAAACUGGAAACUCAAAACAUAUCUUUUAGGGAAAAAAGAAAUGUCAGAUAUUUUUAAUGUCCUGCUAAACUUGCAUUAAGAAGAUAAAUUUUGGUCUUGGUAUUUACACAUGAAAGUCCCCAACACCAUUUACCAGUUAAGAGAGUGCUUUAGUUUAACGCAGAGGUAACAUCAGGAAGGGGCAGACUGACAGCAAACCCGGCUCUUCAUGAAGGAAGGACCCCCCGUCACUGUCACUUCUCUGGCCGUAACGUUGCUCAUGGACUCUGCACAGCCACCGCACACAACUCAGUGCCAGAACCUUUUCUACCCUGAAACCAGCGCGCGGCUAGUUUUAUACCCGAAAGCUGCGCCUCUCAGCACCGCCCGUAGUUCCUGCUGUAGUCCGGCCCUCCGUACCACGCAGCUGUGUCGCCAGCCCUCGUGAGACGAUGUCUGUUCAAGGAGAACCAGGUGUUGGGACCGUUUCUGUAGCCUCUGCCCUUCACAGGAUAGAAAAUACUGUUCAUGCCAUUACCUUUUAAUUCCAGGUUCCAAACCUGCUGGGAGCUGUGGCGUCACACAGCUUCCGUCCUGUACAAAUCAGCUUUGUUACGUGAUGGCAUUUAAAAACAAGCAUGUUCUUUUUAAAGUGGAUUUUAUAUCUAAUCAGUGUCUUCAGUCUUGAAGAAUCUGCAUUGUUGUGUUUGUAUAUAGAGUGUCGCAGUGCAUGAAUUAGCUUUAUGCAUUUUAUUAAAUGCUGUUUCGAUGUGGCAUUACUGUUGUGGCUUCAUACUACUACCUACAUGAGGUUUAUACUAUUAAAAGUGGAUUAAAGACA